AUGGGACCAGCGACGGUACUACGAAGAAGUUUCGACGUGGAGUCCAAAAUAACCCUUGACCCGUUGUCGAGUGUUCAGAGUGUCGACCAUGUAUUACACCCAGCGCAGGAAAGCACACUUCAGCUGUUCCAGCCCGAGAUUCCACCCAAAGAAUGGCGUUUUGACGUCCGGGACUGGUUGGUGUUUAUUUGCAUUGUUAUUCUGGCUAUGAUGGAUGCUUUUGAUUCUACAGUUAUGAUUACUGUCUUGCCAGAUCUAGCAAAUGCGUUCGAUAGCCCCCUUAUCAGUACCCUGUGGGUUAACACAGUCUACCUGGUCGCGAGCGCAACUAGCCAACUCUUCUUCGCGAUGUUGUGCGAUAUAUUCAGUCUCGGACCCAUCUGGAUCGCCGCAGUUCUGAGUACCACGAUCGGGACAGGGAUAUGCAGCGGCUCGAUGAGCUUGAUCGAGAUUGUCAUCGGUCGGUUCCUGCAAGGUAUAGGCGGAGGCGGCGCCUUGAGUCUCUGCUUCGUGAUCAUGGAAGAAUCGGCCCCACAAUCAAUCCAUUCGCGUUAUUCCUGCUAUAUACUACUUACUCGUCUCAUUGGGAUUAUCCUUGGGCCGAUUGUUGGCGGUUUGUUUGUGGAUAAGGCGAAUUGGACGUGGGCGUUUUACUUCAACCUCAUAUUUUGUGCGCUGGGUCUGCUGGUUAUUCCCUUUGCCGUGGAUCUGCGAGACUCCAAGCGCAUUACACGGCGUAACAUGCGUAUUUUAGACUGGACAGGUGCUGCGAUGGCUUCGUUUGGCUUGGCAGCAAUCCUUGUUGGGAUCAGCUGGGGUGGAGUCUCGUAUGGGUGGGACCAGUGGCAGGCAUUUGUUCCCUUACUGAUUGGGGUUGCUGUGAUGCUGGUGCUGGUCUUUCACGAGUCCAGAUAUGCAUUGCAUCCGCAGUUUGGGACACGAGUGUUUCGAGAUUUGCCAACCAUCAUGACUUAUGUUGGAUGCUUUUGUCAUGGGUUUGUGAUAUUUUGUCAGCUGCAAUUUUUCACAUUUUACUUUCUCUGCACACGAUACUUCUCUGCUACACUAUCCGGUGUCGCACUAUUUGCUAUCACCGGAUUUACAGUCACGCCAGCGGCUGUAGUGGGUAUCCUACUCGCGAAUGAGCCAAAGUGCUCCAAGUGGAUUAUUUCUGGAGGAUGGAUCCUGACGGCCCUAGCAGCUGGUUGCUCGAUUCUCCUUAAUUCUAUUACACCUACGGCAGGAUGGGUGAUACUCUUCUUGACAGUAGGACUGGGCCACGGUCUUUUGUUUUCGAGUUACAAUAUUCGUGUCCAGAGCAUACCCAAGAACGAGGAUACGGCCCUUUCAACUAAACCUAUUGCUAUCUCUCUCUUCAUGCGGGCAUGGGGUAUGGCGAUUGCUGUUCCUAUUGGUGGUAUCUUAUUCUUGAAUUUCUUCGGCAACGAGCUACAGAGUAUUGGACUCGAAUGGGAUGUGAUUAACACGGCAAGGGGGUAUAUAAUAUUGAUGGAUCAGACACAGAUGUCCGAUGUUGAAAGAGACGUCCUCAAAGAUGCUUCUGCAUCGGCCUUGCAAGUCGUCUGGGAAGUUAUUGCAGGGGUCGCUGCUUUGGGUGGUAUCUCGUCAAUAUUUUUGUGGCAAAGGCAUUAG